GGGUGAACGUAGGGGGGCCGGAGGGAGUUUCGGCCGAUGGCGGCUGUCAACUCGCGGAUCUCAGCCUUCGCACCGACGGUACUCUGCCGUUUCUCGGUAGUGGUAGUUUUCACGCCUCGCCCGGUCCGAGAAUAGCCGGCGCGCGAUCGCGUUGAAUUGCGACGCGGCACAAGAUUUACGAAAGCGAAACGACGCGAGUGAACGCGGCCAGCCACUUAUAUGACAUCGGGCAAGGAGACAAUGGGUGAACAACCAAUUUUUAUGUGCAAGGCGCACGUGUUUCACAUUGAUCCUAAGACCAAACGGUCUUGGGUACCGGCGUCAUCAGCAGCAAUAUCAGUAUCAUUCUUCUAUGAUUCCACUAGGAGUUUAUACAGAAUAAUCUCGAUUGAAGGAGCAAAGCCUGUCAUAAAUAGCACAAUUACUCCAAACAUGACUUUCACCAAGACAUCGCAGAAAUUUGGCCAGUGGUCGGAUGUUAGGGCAAACACUGUGUAUGGUUUAGGUUUUGCAUCCGAAGCCGAAUUAGGAAAGUUUAUCGAGAAGUUUCACGAAGUGAAAGAGGCCACAAAGCUGGCCAGCGCAAAGUUACAGUCGAACAGUUCAUCAGUUACGCCAGCCACCAGCGCGAACGUCAGUCCGAUCACGUCCCGAUCGGGCAUGCCGUCCUCGGAGCAAGAUCUCAUAGAUCCACCAAACUCCUCGAUGAUUAACUCCAACGUGUCAUCAAAUAACCAAAACCAAAAUGCCAAUAUGAUUUCCGCUCAGAACAGUGUAUCUUCGGUAAGCAGCAGUCCUUUACCUGGUAGUUUUCAGAAUAAGGUGGACGACGAAUUGAAAAACGCAGUCCAUUCAAGAUCACAGAGUAUUUCUCAGAGUACAGAAAGUCCGCAGCAUCAAGGGAAAUCGGCGCAAUUGAGCUCAACGCAAAGUGGACAGUCAGCUGAGGUGCAGCUCAAGUAUGAAAACGACAGGCUGAAACUAGCACUAGCUCAGAGUUCUGCUAACGCUAAGAAAUGGGAGGUUGAAUUGACUACCCUUAAAACCAACAAUGCAAGAUUAACGAGUGCGUUACAAGAGUCCACGGCUAACGUUGACGAAUGGAAGAGACAGCUACAAUUGUACAAAGAGGAAAAUGCCAAAAUAAAACUUAAAUAUGCCGAUUUGGAAGCUGGUAAGAUCGCGGAGGGAAAUUGCGAAGCGUUAAGAUUAAGAGUCGAGGCAUUGGAAAGCGAGCUGAGAACGCGAAACGACGAAAUCAAAGCUCUUACGAUGGCCAGCAAAAAUAAGGAUUUUGUGGCUCUGCAAAAGGAGAAUGCCGAACUCCGCGAGAUGUUAAAUGUAGUUCAUGAACAAUUAGAACUUGCGUUGAGUGCAAAUAAAGUUCAAAAACAAAAUUUGGAUACGCUAAAUGCCAGAUUAGCUGGCUAUAUACAGGAUUUGGUAACUGUACAUCGAGAAAUCACAAAUACACUGCAAACUUAAGUUUGCACCAUAGGCGAAAACCUAAGAAUGCCUCUCUUAGGUCUUUUGUAUUUACUAUAAGGGCGAUGUACGAAUGGACGAUGUAGAUUAAUAACAAAGAGAGAAGUUCCGAGAACAAAGAAAAUUGCGAAUGAAGAUUAAUCGAGCAGAAAAAAAUUAUAGAAGAUUACUGAGAUAAUUGUCUCGAAAAUUAGUACACUACAGAAGAGAUUGCUCCCUGAACAUGUAUUUAAAUUUGAUCAACCUGAUCUAUUUAAAGCUUUUUUUUUUAAAGAUAAGUUUUGUGCCAUAAUUAUACUAUUGUUAUACAGAAUAGGACACUGACUUUAUCAUCCGCUUUUUACUUUCUACAUAUUUAUGUAGAUACAUGAUUUUCGAAACUAUAAAUCUAUUUAAAUUUGCAUCGACUCCGUUUUUUUCUCGCUAGAAUUAAAAAAAAGAAAAAAAAGUUCCUUGUGCUUUUUUUAAACAAAAGUUCCGGAGAAUUUUAAAAAACUGAUUUAAUGCUUUCCUAGAUAUUCUCUUCCUGCAUAUUGCAUUGCAUUGAAAUACUCUUGCAUUAUCCACAGUCUACGAGAUAUAUUAUUGCGGUAACUUUCUUUGUAACAAUUAUAUUAUUAGACUCUCAUUCUAGAAUAUAUAGUAACUGUAUAAAUUUUCUCAUUCUAAAUACAGUAAUAAUAGUUAUUACUGUAGUCGUAAUUUGAUUUGUUCAUGUAACGUAUAGCACUUUCAUAAUCGCAUUGUUUUGUAACUCUCAAAAACUGAAAAUUAAAAGAGCGAUUUUUUUUUAUUAUUCUUUUUAUUCUUUAAUGUAGAUUUCUAAUAAUGUCGAGAUUAAAUCUUAUGCAUAUUUCGUAAAAUGUGAAUAUUACUAAUAAAGAGCUCACUCUUGACGAAUUCACAAGUGACUUAAUAGCAAACUGAAUGGGAGUCUAGUGAUUUAAGGAGUACGAACUCGAAUCAUGUCAUAUGUCGACCAGAUACUGACAGAUACGGGUAAUACGUAAGAGAAAUAUUUGUGAACACUAUAGAACGCAUUUAAAUAAUUUAAAUAUUUAUACUGAUGAAUAGAAAGUUUUUCUUAAUGUUCCUGAUGUUUUUCAAUUGAUAAACACAAGAGCUUAAAACUUUCUGUCGCAAUAAAUGAUAUCUAAAUUAUUUAAACUUGUUCGAGUGUUUAAAUGUAUUAGUCUUUUUAUGGAUCAUACAGGGUGUCUAAAAAUAUGCAGUCAAACUUAUACAUUGUAUUAAAGUGGAAUCGAGCAUGUGAAGGAAGUUUAUAUUGAAUCUCUGUCCGAAAUUAUAUCAGUGAAAUACACGAGAUCGACAGUUUUUUAGUAAAACUGCUCUCAUAAUUUUCUAGAUGUGUUGCUAAUUCAAAAGCAAGUGCAUGACAGUCAUUCGCACUUCUGCAUAGUAAAAUUACAUUUAUUUAAAUAAGACAUUACGAAGCUCCGAUAAACUUAUAUAAACUGUAGCAGACGAAUAGAGUGCUUGUAUAUAUAAAUAGAAAAGAAUAUGGACAAUAAGAGAAAUCAAUUUCAAGCAAUUUAUAUAUAGGAAUGAAGAAAACAUGUUAUAUUAAUACUCUUUUUAUAUUUCUUUUAUCUGCGUAAUUACUUUUUCUAAUCUACUUUAGAUUAUAAAUUUACUAUUUUAUAAUUGUAUAAUAGCCUUUGCGUUACUUUUUUACUUUUCUACUGCGAUUUCAAUUUUAGAACAAUAUUAGAUGUAAGACAAUGACAAUGACAAAUAUGAAAUUACCGCAAUUUUUAAAAAACGUUAGCUUAACUAAGUGAACAUAAUAAUCCUUGUCUUCUCUGGAAUAUCGUUCAAGAAUCAUUGUUUCACGAUAUAAAACUAUCUUCGAAUUUUAUUUAUUCAAAACGUUAAUAUCAUAUGUCUAACUAAUUAACAAUGUGCGCGACACCACAUUGAUAUAUGAAAUAGCAUGUCUGUGAUAAUUUUUAAUACAUACGUUUUUCAUAUUUUGUUUCUCUUGUGAAUUAAACAUGUAUUUUGUACUUUUCUUCUUUAUUCAAUUCAAAUGUAAUGUCAAUUAUGUUACAAAAAAUCGACUUUCCACAACAAGUUAACAUUUGCUGGUAUGAUCCAUCAUGAAAUAUUUUACAUAGUUGUUUCUGUCACGUUAGAUUGAAGAUAUUUCAGAUGAUAAAGUCAGAUGUCCCACUCUGUAGAAGAUGCAUACAAUUGUUGAAUUUGUCGUAUGCGAGCACCAUUCUUAUGUAUAAAAUACAGUAGAACGGCGACUGUCCCAAGUGUGUUUGUGAGAGAGAUGUUUUCAUAAGAGCGUUCUUGCGAAUAAACCAUUUGGAUGAGAGAAAGCACAAGAAAGAAAAUGAUAUUCUUCCAACAAAGAUUACCAAUAUCAGUAUGACAAAUAUAAUACUGCUUCCCCGAACGCAUCAUCUAAUAUUAAAAUACGCAUCCUUUGCCUCUCACAACUACUACGUUUUAAUGCUAGCAUAUAAUAUAUAUAGAAAAAAAAUGUUCAGGUGUCACGCAGUUCCUCUCGACUACGAAGUCUUUGACCUAGGCGAGUGAUUAAAGAAUUUGUAGAUGAAAGAGAAUGCAGUGAAUCUGCGCAACAUUUUGUACAUACGUUUAUUUCAAUUUUUAAAUCCUGCAGUACUGAUGCAUACCAUGCCAUCAUUAAAUUUAUUAGACUAGACAAUAUAUUUUAAUUAUAAAGAUUAUUAGAAAAAUUAUUAAUUUUAAUUAUAAAUAUUUUAAUUAUAAAUAUAUUUGUUUCGUCCAGCUUUAGAUUGUAUAUAAUUUGACUAGUGCAAGGAACAAAAUUAUGCAUGGAUUUUGCAUGUACAGCUUAUUAUUGGAUUUAUUUAAUUUAUUAUUAGUUUAUAUAAUGAAACUUAUAUCUUUUAAAUGAUAUUGUUUAAAUCUCGUGUCAUCAAAUAUAAUAUGUGUCCGUGAAGAAUUUCCUGUGGACAGUACUGAAGGGUUUAAAGCAAUGUUAUAUUUAUCGACGCAAUUAUAUUAAAUCUUGUUAUUAUAGAGAGAAUUUAUGUUUUUAAGGAAUUAUACAUGUAUGUAUUUCUUAGUUUAUACUAAACUACUUUAUAGAUAUUAUAUUUUAUUAUAAGAUUUUUUACUAAAAAAUUUUUGUUAUCCUUAUUAUACUUUGUAUUUAAUAUGUAUGCCUCUAUUUAAUGUUUUUAUAUUGGAAUAACUGUUCUUCGCAUCAGUUCUCGUGUUAAUUUAUAUUCUCGGAUAAUCGACGUUUUACUGUACACAUUGUAGGAAUAGUUUGAUUUUCCAUGACAUGUACCGAAGUUAAUAAUUGUCGCAUGAACGCGCGCAUUUAUAAUUAAGUGAUUAAUAUAUGCACUUACGUAUUGAGUCUAUCGAAGAAAAUGUGUAGUGAGUUUACGUCACGUCUUUUGGCCGCAGAUUUAUAUAGUCUUUUGCAGUCCGUUUUUACAUAGAAAUUUAUGUUACAUGCAUGUUUGUUAUAUUUUUUCGUACAAAUAUAUUGAAACAUAUUAUUAUUAUUGUUGCUGGAAGAGCGUUACUAUUGUCAUUGCUAUUGCUGCUACUUCUACUAUUGCGAUCAUGAUACUAUUAUUAAGUCACACUCUCUUAAUCUACUAUUACUAUCGCUCAAAAAAAAAAUCUCUUUCUCUCUAUACAUCUAUUAUUGAUAUCUUCAUUAUGUAUUAUUGCGAAUGGCAUUGUCGUUAGAAAUAUUUUAAUUACCGGUAAUUGCAAAUACAUUGUAUUAAUUGCGUCUGCAAAAAAUGUUUAAUAGUUAGAUACAUAAAACAUAUCAAGAACGUCACGAUUAGC